AUGCUACCGGCUGUACGGAUUUGUUCGCCCCCCGUGUCUUUUUUAGGUUCUCUGUGUCAUGGAUGCAGUAAUACGCGCGGAUUGUACCUGCCUGCGCGUGGUAUGAGUUGGUCUCCGCGACAAAUAAAUGAUGAUAACACCGAUGAUUCUUGCAACACUUCUCACGGGGACAGCCCACGGGUACUCAUCACAGGGGGAUUAGGCCAACUUGGCGUUGGACUGGCACAACUACUAAGGAAACAAUACGGGAAGGAGAAUGUGAUCUUAUCUGAUAUAAAGAAGCCACCACUGGAGGUGGUCGACAGUGGGCCUUUUAUGUAUGCGGAUGUACUGGACUACAAGAACCUGAGGGAGCUGGUUGUGAAUAACCGGAUCACAUGGCUGGUCCACUACAGUGCUCUCCUCAGCGCCGUGGGAGAGGCCAACGUCAACCUGGCCCGCACCAUCAACAUCACAGGCCUCCAUAAUGUGCUGGAUCUGGCUCUGGAGAACUGCUUGCGUCUCUUUGUCCCAAGCACCAUCGGAGCGUUUGGGCCCACAUCCCCGCGCGACCCUGCGCCUGAUCUGUGUGUCCAGAGGCCCCGCACCAUCUAUGGAGUGUCCAAAGUUCAUGCGGAGUUGAUGGGAGAGUACCUCCACCACAAGUAUGGCUUGGAUUUCCGUUGCUUGCGAUACCCUGGCGUUGUCUCAGGCACCACCAAGCCUGGUGGAGGCACAACAGAUUAUGCGUUCCAGAUCUUCCAUGAUGCCUUCACCUCUGGCCACCACGAGUGCUACCUGCGUCCCGACACGCGACUUCCCAUGAUGCACAUCGACGACUGCCACCGCGCCACCGUGGAGUUCAUGGAGGCCCCCGAGUACCAGCUGUCCUUGCGCACCUACAACAUAGCAGCCAUGAGCUUCACCCCAGAGGAGCUGGCGGUGGAGAUUCGCAAGCAUGUCCCCGAGCUCAAAGUCACCUACAACCCAGACCCUGUCCGCCAGACCAUAGCGGAUAGCUGGCCAGUGCGAUUCGAUGACUCCAAUGCGCAGAAAGAUUGGGGUUGGCGGCCAGCAUUUGGGCUUCAAGAGCUUGUUACGGACAUGAUCUCCUCUGUCCGUGCCAAGGGGCCUUAAUUUUCCAGCAACUCCCUUACGGUCACAACUCCAGUGGAAGAGUGCAAGGAGGGACACACACAUACACAACACACACACACACACACACACAAUCCACUCCAAGAGGCUGUUAUUUCAUGACUAAACGACUCACAUGAAAGGACACUUCUAUGGCACACAGGGACUUUUUAAGCCAUGGAGAAGCAUUCAUGUGCGGAUCACCUCCAUGCUUAACCCCCCUGAAGUGUCCAGCACAGUGAACUCACACACAGAGGCAAUCACCAAUGCAACAAUGCACCUUCAUAAACAACUCUACAGAAUUGCUGUAACCAGCAGCCUUACUUUUUUCAGGGAAAUUCUACUGUCAACCACUCUGUUGUGACUAUUACAUUUAUGUUGUUUUAAUUGUGAUAGGGAGAGGACAGAUAAGUAUUACGAUCGCCUUAGAUCGAGAAUGUGGUCCAGGAGACAGCAGCAGGUCAGAAGCAAAACACAGCACCGAACAAUGACAUGGUAAAAUCAACACUCAAGCAAAAGACUGGAUGGAUGGACGGACCGGCACAAACUGCUGAUAGUGGGGAAUAAGGACACCCAAUAUUAUACGAGGGGCAUGCUGUUGGAAGGAUAUGGUCAUUACAAAAAAAUAUUUAUCUUUCUUUCCCAACAGGUGUGAUUAUAUAGCCCGAGAGUAUUGUGGUGAUACGUGUAACCAACCUUUAAAUCCUCACUCAUAUGCCAAUUGACAAAAUUGCUGUGUUAGUUAUACAUGGAUAAUAAGGAAUAAAUUGCUUCAUUUAUUAAA